UUCACUCUCUCCCGAGAUAUACCCCUUUUCUGUUUUGUAUACUAUACUGAUCUUGACGCUGCUGUGUCAGAUCUUUGGUCGAUCCAUCAUAACAGCGAAAAUCCAGCAUACGCAUUUGAAAUUAUUCACGGAUUCAAGGCAAGGGUUCUCUUUGAAGGCUUUUGCGCAGUGUCAAAGAAUUGAGCAACAUCCUAAUAAGAGCAAGCUGCAGAUUCUGCCUGAAGUGGAAAAUAAGUGUGAUAUAUUUAGUGAUCUAAAAGAUAGGUUUUUGGGUUUUAAGAAGAAUAAAUAUUUGAAAAACAUAGAACAUUUCCAAGAACUUGCCCAGGCUCAAGCACCAAAGUUCAUGGUUAUUGCCUGUGCAGAUUCUAGGGUUUGCCCCUCUCAUAUUCUAGGAUUUCAUCCAGGAGAAGCAUUCAUGAUCCGCAAUGUUGGUAAUUUGGUUCCUCCCUUUGAGAGUGGGCCGUCUGAAACAAAUGCUGCACUAGAAUUUGCUGUGAACACCCUUGAAGUUGAGCACAUCUUAGUCAUUGGCCACAGCUGCUGUGGAGGAAUACGUGCCCUUAUGAGUAUGCAAGAUGAUGCCAAUGAAAGUAGUUCCAGUAGCUUUAUAAAUAGCUGGGUGGUAGUUGGAAAGAAUGCCAGAAUCAAAACUGAAGCUGCUGCUUCUCAGCUGAACUUUGAUCAACAGUGCAGCCAUUGUGAGAAGGAAUCGGUUAACAAUUCCUUGUUAAACCUACUUACUUAUCCAUGGAUAGAAGAAAAGGUAGCAAAUGGAAAACUAAAUGUUCAUGGUGGUUACUAUGACUUUAUCGACUGUUCUUUUGAGAAAUGGACGAUGAGUUACAGGGAAACCAAAAUGGCUAAAAAUAGCAGAAUUGCAGCUGUAAACAAAAUGUUUUGGUGCUGAGUGUUACUUCUAUUUCCCUGUAUAAAUUAUAUUAUUCUUUUCUUCUAAUAUUUGUAGCAUGACUAAAUCAUAGGGUGACUUAUGUGUAUCAGUACAAUUUAUGAAAUAUUGAAAUUCAAUUGAUUUGAAGUCUUGAACAAAUCCUUUUUGUGUCACGUGUGCAUUUAUGAAUUAUGAAUGGUUUCUGAGUAAAAUUAAUGUCUGAAUCCUUCACCGGGCCACUUAUAAUAGUUUUAAGUUAUAAGACCGAAAAACUCAUUUCUUCCUGUGAAAAAGUCUCAACUCAUCCAUUUAAGUCUACACAACAAAUUCAUUGCUACACGCAGGAACAAAAGUGAAAUUAUUUGGGGAUUCUACUUGCUCUGGAUUGAACCACAUGAACAGCAUUCUUGGUGCAAUGGUGCUGCAUAUCUUACUUAGAACACCAUAUAACUGAAGUGUGUUGAUCCGAUGUCAUUUUGAUAUGACAAGUAAAAACCGAAAAUUUUAAUUGGUUUCUCCAAAGAAGUUACCACUUUAUUUAUUUCUCAAUCUUUUAUUUUUCAUUUUCCAACAAGGAAGUUUCUCAACUUAAGGGUGUGUUUGGUUAGGAAGUAAUUACACAUGGAGUGCAUCCAUGAAAUAUGAUCUCCUAACCAAACACAUGUUAAUGCUUCGCUUCUUGUGAACUAAGAGAUUUGCCAACCUUUUGCAGUUCAAAUUUUACAGAUUUAAACUAUUCCAAUCAAAUUGUUUGCUAUUUGAUUAUUUUAUACUUUUCCGAUGCAAAUUAUCCAUCAAUUUGAAAUUUUGGUGCAAAUUAUCCAUACAAAUAGGGCAGUAUUGUUUUCCUGUGAUUCUGUAUGUGUAGCUUUAUGCACACUCGCACUGUCGCACAUGUCUGUUCAUUACUGCCACUUUUCUGAUUGUGCAUCUGUUAUAAAUUGUUUACUUAUAUUUGCAUUUCCAUCCACGGGUUUCGAAACCAGGAGGAAGAAAAUGUAGACUACCAGCGAAAGAAUAUAAUCUUCAAGUUGUUGAAGCAGUUCACAGAUAAAGCUAAGAUAAUGGAGGGAAAGAAAUAGUUGACCAAACUUUUAAAGAGAUUAUUUAAGGUGCAGAAAAUGUUAAGGGCUCCUUGUGAUCGAAACGCAGCAAAUUAAAACGGAGGAGGCAUAGGUGGAUCACGGGUGAUAUUAUCGAAAUCUUUCAAAGAUCAUUGCCAUAAUGAUUUGUUCUGUGGUAGGUAUGAUUAUUUUGGCCAUUCUUAUGAAUAUGUUAAAUUAUUUAUAUAAUUAAAAUGAUAUAUUGGUAAGAAGUUGAACUAACAAUUCUCAAGGUUGUUCAUGAUACCUAUUCAAGUAACACCAUACUCACCACCCUAUAAUCCUAUCUAUAAAAGCACAUAUAACUCAUGGUAAAUGAUCACAAACCCAACAAAACCAUUUGCAUAGAUUAAUACCACAACAGAUUCAGAAGCCCCUUGCUAUCUUAUAGCUACUACUAUGGGUUCUAGCCAUUUCUUGUCAUUCAUUUUAUCACUUGUGCUUCUUAUUUCCUCAUACAAUGAGGUUGCAAAUGCACGUAACCUUCUAGAAUCAACAUUACCAGAGCCAGAAAUACCCAGCCUACCCAUUCCUGAGUUGCCUACGCUACCAGAAAUUCCUAAACCAGAAUUGCCUACAAUACCCGAGAUUCCUAAACCGGAGUUGCCUCAACUGCCAGUGCCACCACUGGUUAAGCCAGAGCUGCCUGCUGUCCCGAAGGUAGAACUUCCUAAGGUUCCUGAAAUUCCCAAUCUCCAUCCAGCCACUACUCCUUAGACUGAACUAGUAUUUGUUCCUUUAUUUCUUUGUAUUGUGUGUGUGAUGAGUGAAUUAUUUUUAUAUACCUUCGUCUGAAAGGGUCUCCAUUGGGGUUUCAUUUGUACUAAAGAUAUAAUUAUGUCACAUGGUGUGCUCAGUAGUCAGUAUUCAAGUUCUCUGAGUCCUCUUUUUUUUUUGGUAAUUAAGUUCUAUGAGUCCUUUUAUUCCUCCUCUCUCUCUCUCUUGGGCCAGGGAGAGAGUGGUUGUAAAAUCAGUGCACAGCAUAUGAUGCUGAAUUUGUGAUCAUCAUUUACCUAAUAUAUAUAAUAGUCUUCCAUA